GACUGACCAGGCCUCAUGAUGGCUCUGCUCAAAUCUGGCUGGCUCUGGAGACAGUCUUCUGUCCUCAAACGCUGGAAACUAAACUGGUGUGACCUGUGGAUCGAUGGAAGUUUCGUUUUUUACAAAAGCGAAUCCAGAAGAGAUUACGAGACCAAAGUGAAUCUGAAGAGCAGCUGUGUGAAUGUGAAGUCUGGACUGGAGUGUGCAGGUGUAGGUCCACCUGAGAGUCACCCGAGGGAGAACCUGCUGGUAGUUUAUCUGAGAGACGGCACUAUGCUGAGCCUGUGUGCCAACAGUGAAGACGAGGCACUGGCCUGGAAACUCACACUCAUGGAGGCGAAGAGAAAUCCUGUUUUCACAUAUAAUCCCUAUGAUGAUACUUAUCAGACUGUUCCGAUUGACAGCCAUAAUGCCGUUUACAUCAUGCCAGGGACUCAGCAUGUGUGGGUGCACAGAGACUCUUAUGAGGACAGUUUUGGAGAGCAGAUUGCGCUGGGUCUCCUGGCAGGAAUGGCCGCUGGUGCUGCAAUGCGUUCACUUCUGUGGAUGCCCUUCUGGUUUUGCUAACGUCAAACUGCAGGAUCCGAGAACAGACACCCGGAAAGCUCAGCGAUAGCAAAUGCUCC